AUGUCGAGCUCAUCCUACAACGCGUUCAUAACAAACAACCGCGAUCCUGACAACGUAAGAUUCGGAGCGGCCGCAAAGGAACAUGCGAGGCUCUUCUAUAACGACGCCGGGCUCCUUCUCUCAAUGGCUAUUGCCGAUGGUGCUCUGUUCGGCUUCGACACGAUCGACGACGUCCAACAGCAGGUCAUUCCCCCGGGCGAGGACGAGCUGAUCCUCAGAUUCAAGAGCGAAAUGCAGGCGCAGCCUAUCUGCCGCCAAUGCACCAGAACUGGAAUGACAAACAAGCCGAUACCGAAAAAAGCGUUUCCUCCAUCUUCAAGAGUACCCCCGUCAAUGCCAGGAGCCGACAUUUCAGGACGACAUACCUCGGUCGAGCGAUUGCAGCACCUGACCCAAGCCGAUCCUCGCGUUUUCGUCCAGAGCAACCCAGCUAACUGUUCCUCGGUGGACAGCUAA